AUGUCCGACGUUGAUGAUUUGAAGUUCAUUGGUUUAGGUGGUUGUAAUGAAGUAGGGAGGUCAUGUCAUAUCCUAGAGUAUAAGAAUAAAGUCAUUAUGUUAGAUGCGGGUGUUCAUCCUGGUUUAAGUGGAUUAAAUUCUUUACCUUUCUAUGAUGAAUAUGAUCUUUCUAAAGUUGAUGUUUUAUUAAUCAGUCAUUUCCAUUUAGAUCAUGCUGCUUCUUUACCUUAUGUAAUGCAACAUACCAAUUUCAAAGGUCGAGUUUUCAUGACCCAUGCUACAAAAGCCAUUUAUCGUUGGUUAUUAACAGAUUUCGUUAGAGUUACCUCAUUAUCCAAUGCUUCAGAUGCUGUUAUGGGAGGUUCAUCAUCCAAUUUAUAUACUGAUGAAGAUUUAAUUAAAUCCUUUGAUAGAAUUGAAACCAUUGACUUCCAUUCAACCAUCGAAUUAGAAGGUAUCAGAUUCACUGCUUAUCAUGCCGGUCAUGUUUUAGGUGCCUGUAUGUAUUUGAUUGAAGUUGGAGGAUUAAAAAUCUUAUUUACUGGUGAUUAUUCACGUGAAGAAAAUAGACAUUUACCUGUUGCUGAAAUCCCAUCAAUAAAACCCGAUGUUUUAAUUACUGAGUCUACUUUUGGUACUGCCACACAUGAACCUAGAAUGGAAAAGGAAACCAGGUUGACCAAAUUGAUUCAUAAUACUUUAACUAAAGGUGGUAGAGUGUUGAUGCCAGUGUUCGCUUUGGGUACAGCACAAGAAUUAUUGUUGAUUUUGGAAGAUUAUUGGAAAAGAAAUCCUGAUUUACAAAAAUUCGAUAUUUAUUUUGCUUCAUCUUUGGCCCGUAAAUGUUUGGCCGUGUAUCAAACAUAUACCAAUAUCAUGAAUGACUCCAUCAAGUUGCAAACAUCCAAGAAUGAUCUGGUAAGGAACCCUUUUAACUUCAGAUAUAUCAAAACAUUGAAAUCUUUAGAUAGAUUCCAUGAUUUCGGUCCUUCAGUAGUCAUUGCAAGUCCAGGGAUGUUACAAAGUGGUAUAUCUAGAAACUUAUUGGAAAAAUGGGCCCCUGAUCCUAAAAAUAUGGUUUUGAUGACAGGUUAUUCUGUCGAAGGAACCAUGGCUAAAGAUUUAUUGAUUUCUCCUCCAACCAUUCCAUCUAUUAAUAAUCCCGAUAUGACCAUCCCCAGACGUUUGGGUAUUGAAGAAAUCUCAUUUGCUGCUCAUGUUGAUUUCUUACAGAAUAGUGAAUUCAUUCACGAAAUCAAUCCUACCAAAAUUAUCUUGGUUCAUGGAGAUUCCAUUCCUAUGGGUAGAUUGAAGUCGGCUUUAUUGAGUAAGUAUAGUAAUAGAAGAGGUACAGAUCAAGAAAUGAAGGUUUAUAAUCCAAGAAAUGGUGAUCAAUUGAGUAUCCCAAUCAAUGGGUUGAAAGUAGCUAAAGUUUUAGGACUUUUAGCUGAAGAUCAAAUAAGUCAAUUGAAGAGUGAGAUUGAAGAGGAAUUGGAGGAUAAGAUUGUUGAGGUAAAGAAAGAAGAUGAUAUGGAACUUGAACCAGAGAUCAAGACUGAGGAGUCCACCACUGAUGGUGAGAUCAAGACCGAACCAGAGACUGAGUCAGAAAUCAAAGACGAAGAAGAAAAACAAACCUUCACUAGUGAAAAACCUUUAACCGGAGUUAUUGUAUCCAAAGAUUUCGACUUGAAUGUCCUCCAAUUACAAGAUUUACAUGAAUUCACCCAAUUAUCCACAUCCAUAGUGAAGUCCAAGAUCGAUCUCAUAAUCAAUGCCAACUUAUCUAUGGUCGAAUGGCAUUUAGAGCAAAUGUUUGGAUAUAUAAAUAUCGUCCAUGAUGAUGAAAGUCAUUGGAUUUGUCUUAUAAUGGAUAUGAUCAGUAUAACAGUUGAUCGUACCAAAUCCCAUAAUUCAUCGUUAUUUGUCAUGGUUGAAUGGAUUAAUGAUAAUUUAAUGGCUGAUUCUUUGGCUGAUAGUGUCAUAGCCAUCUUAUAUUCCAUUGAUUCAUCACCAGCAUCAGUCAGAAUCUCCACCAAAUCUCAUGACCAUCAUGUCAAACAAGAAUCUGAUGAAACGUUGAUUGUCAUUGAUAAACCAGGACAUACCAACACCAACAUCGAAGAAAGAAUUUAUAGAAUUUCAUCGUUAUUAAAAGCUCAAUUUGGUGAUAGUUUCUCAGCCAAAGGUAAUGAAGCUAAGAUUGAAUUCGGGAAAAAUCAAGCAUCUAUCAAUUAUGAAAACCUUACUGUUGAAUGUAACUCAAGAGUAUUGAAGGAUAGAAUCGAGAAUAUCAUCAAAAGGGGAUGUAAUUUGGCAGCUCCUUUGAAUCAAGUAAGUAAAUAG